CUCUAGAACCGCCCUGGCCUGUUGAAAAAACGCAUGGCCUCUUUGUUUAUGUUUUUGGUCUAUUAGGGCUGACGAACGCCGUGACGUCAGGCGUUGCAAUAGAUUAGGCGGAAGUUGGUCAGCCAGCAGGCAGCUGUCAUCGUAGCCGAUAGCCGCCUGCUGCUGGAGAGAAUAAACAAUAAUAAAACUAGUUCAAUAUCUGUCGCUUAAAGGUGGAGGUCAGGUCAGCAGCAGAAAAACAUGGAUGAAGACGUGUUGACCACAUUAAAGCUGCUGAUAAUCGGAGAAAGCGGAGUGGGAAAGUCCAGCCUCCUCCUGAGGUUCACAGACGAUACAUUUGACCCAGAUCAGUCCGCCACAAUAGGUGUGGACUUCAAAGUCAAGACACUCGCAAUUGAAGGAAACAAAGCAAAACUAGCUAUUUGGGACACAGCUGGACAGGAAAGGUUUCGUACGCUGACACCCAGCUACUACCGCGGUGCACAGGGAGUCAUACUCGUGUAUGAUGUCACAAGGCGCGACUCUUUUACGAAGCUCGAAAACUGGCUGAACGAACUGGAAACGUACUCGACACGCAACGACAUUGUCAAAAUGCUGGUUGGCAACAAAAUUGAUAAGGAUGACCGUGAAGUGGACAGAAACGAAGGUUUGAAAUUUGCCAGGAAACACUCGAUGCUUUUUAUUGAGGCCAGUGCAAAGACCAAAGAUGGCGUCCAAUGUGCCUUUGAAGAGCUAGUGGAGAAGAUCCUCCAGACUCCGGGGCUCUGGGAGAGCGACAACCAGGGUCAGAAGGUCCAGCUGGGGCAUCAAGAGCAGGGCGGAGGAAGGGCGUGUGGAGGAUACUGCUCCAUACCCUGAAACUAGAAGAAACGGCAAAAACGGCGACCUGACAGAAACUACAACGGACCAGAGAUAUGGAGCUUAAGAGGGGCGAAAAAAAAAAAAAAGAGACAAAUUGUUGGAGUUCUGUCAUCAGAACGAACACUGCAGUUUUGCACAAUUCCUGUUCAACUUCUAUUACUUUAUCAUGUUCAGUUAGUGUGUGGCGAACCAUCUGUAGGUCGGUGGUGGUGAAAUUAAUUAAACAUACGAAGGAUACCACAACAGUACACGUCUAGGUUAAAGUGAUGUCAUUAGCUACAGUUACUCAGUUGGACAGUACGGCAUUACAUUACCAGCAUUGUGCCUGUAACAUAAUCUGAUUUGUGGGGCUGUGAUAGGUGGCCUUGCAGGUUUUACUCUAAAUAUGGAAUUAUUGUAAAAAAAAAAAAAAAAAGAAGUGUUUUUUUGUUUUAUUGGCUCCAAAAUUCCCAACUUUUGAGCAUCUUGAGGUGGCAAAGACUGAAUACUCUCAAAUAAAACCUUAAAGAAUGGAGCCUAGUUACUGACAACAUUGUUACCCCUUCCCCGUCUCGGCUGUACACUCCCUCCUCCACAAGGUUACUUCUAGCUACAAAGGAUGCCCAUUUACUCACUGUUUUAAUCCUACUCUUCCAAACUCGACCAGUUUAUUUCCAUUUGUUUCAUUUAGCGUUGCUUCCUUUAUAAUUGUCGUUUAUUAACCACAGAAAGAAAACAUAACCAAGCACUUCUCUCACUCAAGAUCCACAUGUGUUGGAAUUCCAGCUUUAAUUUGGACAUUUUUACUUUAUUAUUACCAGUAAUUGUUUUCUGGGAAUUGAAAUAAUUUUCUUUUUUUCUUUACUGUUGCUUUGUUGUGCUUUUCAGUAGUGUGCUGUUUCUUGUCAAUCCUAAACCUGCCUUAACACUAGAAGAGUUGCAGUCAAGUAGCACUCGAUCUGUUUUGAAUUUAAAUAAACGGAAACCCGAAGAUGGGAUCUCUCA